AUGCCAUCUAAGGUGGUAACUUCCCUAUUUUUGGGAUUCGUCUUUCUUGUGUUCUUUACAAAGGAGGUGCACUGUUUCUCUUGGAGACCGCAACGACUCUCUGACGGGAACCAAGUCGCAUUCCAGCACCCGCAACGCAGUGCUGAUAGCAGUCGGCUUUUCGGACAGCAAGCAGAGCAGAGACUUUCCAACGCUUACACUACUGCCAUUCAAGAGCUCCAGGAGCUAGAAUCGGAGCCCCUUUGCCAUCGCAACGCUGCACGCCUGCUAGUCAACAACUGCCAUCUCUUGGACGGGCAGGAUGGUGCUAAAAUUCACACCGACAGUGGAAGAGCAGCUAGAGAUUUUGUUGACUCUUAUGCUGCAAGCCUUGCCAUUUGUGAUUUGGAGCGUGGGAGUUUCAGGAUUCCUGGCGCUUGUUCAAAGUUUCGAGAAUCAUCUUUGGCAGCGAUCCCUGUCACAACCGUCCCGCAGCUUCAUGUCUCAACUAUUGAGAUUGAUGAGUGCCUUGAAGGUCUUGCCCAGUCUGACUCUGCUUGGAACACUUGGGUAAGCUAUCGACACAAAGCACUCAGGUUCUGUGAUGCCGCAAGGGCCGAUCACAAGAAAGAUGAGAACGUGCUCCUUUACCAAAAGAUUACCAGAAUCCUUGCGAGACUCACCCAUGACAUCGAGGCAGAUAUGGAAGCGCGAUUUCAAUCACUCAAUCGAGCCUUUGAUGCCGCAAGUCGGUCCGUCGAUAACAUGGGUCCUCAAGUGCAACAUAUACAAACGGAGAUGGAGAAGGCUAGCAAGACCCUGCGACAUGAGUUGAGUCACGCUGUUCAGGACUCACGAAACAUCGUGCAAACUAGUCUGAAAGACACCCAAGCUCUGCAUGAUCUUUUAGAGCUGCUCAUUCUUUCAGUUCAAGAAAAGACUGCUGAUAUGGCUUCGUCAUACGAGGUGGCACUCCAGACCAGCACCGAGAAGUUGAAUAACGAGGUUGAGGUUCUGAUGACGGCACUGGGCGUAGCGGUCGGAUCUUCUGUUACUCUCCGUAACCAGAUGGAGAUAACUGAGUCCCGAAACCAAGACAUUAUGAACAAGCAGGAAAAGAUCGAAGCUGGCAUGGGGAGACUUGAGGAACUUGCAGAUGACUUGCUCGUCAAGUACGACAACCACGAGUCGCGACUUGAUCAAGCUUUGCGAAAGUCCAACCAGGUUCUUGAUAUCCUUGACGCAACUGCCGCAUCUGCUACUGGAUUGCAAGGAUAUGUGUUUGGUGGAUUUGGAAUUUCUCGUCUUUGGCCCUAUAUCUUUUGCCCGAUAUUGUCACUUGCUAUGGGAUCGUAUGGUCUUCCCCCUUCCCUUGGGCGAAACCUAUGGCUCAUUGGUCUUGGCGAACUCAUGGGAGUGAUUGUGUCGACAACGGGGAACUAUAUAAAUCGCUUUUCCGGCUUUACGCCAAUUCUCGAAAGUUUCGAUGGUAAUGCUUCAACCCUCAAUCAGACGCUUACCACCUACCACUUUGGAGACGCUAUCGUCAAACACAUUUGA